AUGUCUGAGUAUAAAGUUAGCAGUAUAUACUUUUCACGCUCUAAUAAACUGUUAAUAUUAAUGUGUGUGAUUUUUUUCUCCUGCUCUACUCACAUAUUUAAGAAUGUUUUUCCUUUUCUUUUUAUGCUUACAGGGAUAACAAACCAACAUGGAAAUAUAAAUGUCUAUGUUAAUAAAAAUGGCUGCUGUGAUAUAAGUUGUUAUUUAGACAGGAAUAUGGAAUAUGAACAAUAUAUACAAAAUAAAGUAAAAAAAAAUAAAAUAAUAAAUACAAACAUUGAUUGUAAUAACAAUAUAAAUAAUAAUCAUCAGUGUAAUAUGAUUAAUGUAUGUUCUGAUGAAUUAUAUAAUGAUAAAGAUAAAAAUAAGGAGAAACAUUUAUUAAACCCUGAACAGGAAUAUUUUUUUCAAAAUGAAUUUGGCAUUUAUAAAAUUUGUUACAAUAAUAUAAAGAAGAAUUAUAAUAAUAAUAUAUAUAAUAAUUUAAAUAAUAAUUUAAAUAAUAAUUCAUAUAAUUAUUCAUAUAAUAAUCCAUAUAAUAAUCCAUAUAAUAAUCCAUAUAAUAAUCCAUAUAAUAAUCCUCAUUGUAACAUGACAGAUGAUAGGGUUAAAGAAAAAUAUAUUGAUAAUAAUAUAUUUUAUUAUAAUAAAAAACAUAAUAAAGAAUAUCAAAGUGCUAUAAAUAAAGGAUCUAUAUUCUUAUACAGUAAUAUAUUAUCAUUAAUAUAUUUUAGUUCCUUAAUAACUUAUAUUUUUAUUUUCUUUUUUGAUUUAAGCAAAAAAAAUUAUAUCAUAAACCUUUUUUAUAUUACCAAUCUAAUAUCUCAUUGCAUUAUAUUUUUUAUAUUAAAUGAUAUGCAAAUUUUUAACUCUCAUUUAAUACAAUCAAAUCCUAAUCAUAUAUUUGUAAAUGAACACAAAAAGAAUUUUUCUCCUUUUUCUCAAUCAUAUUUUAAUAGUCAUAAUAAUAAUAUAUCUGUCGAAAAUAUGUUUAAUGGUAUAGCUAGCCAAAAUGGCAAUAUAGAUAAUAUAUUAUAUAUGGAUAAAAAAAAAAAAAUAGGAAUUAAUAAUUAUUCAACAAAUGAAAGAAAUAAUUUAAAGAAUAAAUUGAAUGAGUUAAAAAAUAUAUCUAUAUUAUAUAAUAUGGAUGUGUAUAAAUCUUUAUUAUUAUUUUUUUUUAUAUAUCCAAAUAAUAAUAUAUUUUUUAAUCCAUAUCUUAUUAAUAUUAAUUGGAAUAAAAUGUCUACUAUAUCGAAUGAUAUAUUAUAUGAUAAAUUUGAAAAAAUUAAAGAUAUAUAUAACAAUAAUAAUGAUAAUAAUAAUAAUAAUAAUAAAUUGAUAAAAGGUAUAAUAAAAGAAAAAAAUAAUAAUGUUUUAGAUUUUUUAUUUUUAAAAAGAAAUAAAAAUAAAAAUAUAUAUUAUAAAAAAUAUUUAUUAAUUUUAUAUUUUUUCAUUAUGAUAAGUUCUAUAUGUAGUUGUUAUAUCAAGAUUUAUCAAAAAAGAAUUUUAUAUUGUGUAUUUUAUAUUAAUAUAGGAGUUAUAACAUCAUUUUUAAUUUUAAUGAAUAGUUUAUUUAAAUUAUUUGCUCAUUCUUUAAAUUAUAUUAUAACUAACCAAAAUAGCUUGGUUAAUAUAAGUGAUUAUAUUUUUUUGUUUUUAUUAAUAGAUUUAUUUGGAUUAUUUAUUAUAUUUUUAUUUUCUUAUAAAUGGUAUAAUCAAAGAAAUGUGUGGACACAUCUUCAUAAAAUAUUUUAUAAUCAUAAAUAUAUUGCUUUCUAUUUUAAUAACACAUAUUAUAUAUAUACUCAUGAUACAAAUGUUGAUAAUAUUUUAGUAUCUAUGGAUAUAUUUGGUGAUCCUAAUGUAAAUAUUACUUUUUCUGAAUAUACAAAUUUAGAAAAAUCUAUUUUUUAUGAAUAUUUUAUAUUGAACAGAUUCAAAAAAAACAAACUCAAAAUUUUUGAAAUUCCUCAAGACAAAUUUCACGAAUUGACCACUACAUAUAAAGAAAAAGAAAGUGCCAAAAAAAAUUAUGAAAUGGAAAUAUCUUAUAAAGAUAAAGAGCACAAAAAUUUAGAACAUCUACAUAGUUGUCAUAUAAAUAUUGGAUGUUACAAUAAAUUUCAUAGGCAUCAUCAUAACGAAUAUGAUAAGAUAAGUGAAGAAAAUCCAUCCAAUUUUUAUAAUCGAAAACCAAAUCAUAGUUAUACUAUGAAACCAUAUAAAAUAUGCAUAGGAUCAUUAAACAAUAUAAUAACACAAUCGAAUAUUCCUACAGAUAAUACAAAUGAAGAUAUAAAUGAAUCAACAAUAAAUACAUCUAAUUAUAAUAAUAAUAAUAAAAAUAAUAGUAAUAAUAAUAAUAUCAAUUUUUUUAAUUCUCAAAAUAAACUAAUAAAUUAUCCUUAUGAAAAUGAAUUCAUUCAUGAAAAUCAGGAAUAUGUAAAUUAUAUGGACCAUACUCCAAAACAACAAAUUAUAGAUCAUACAAUUUUAAAAAAUAAACACAAUGAGGAAGACACUAAUAAAAACAAUAUAACAACACAACAACAAAAAAAGUUAUUAAAUAAAAAUCUUGUUAUAACUGAUGAAUAUUUUAUAAACACAAAUCAAAAUAAAUAUAUUAUUAACAACGUACAAAAUAAUAAUAAUAUAUGCUCAUCAAAAGAAAUAUAUUUAGAUAAAUCAGAACAAUGUCAACAAAAAAAUAUUUGGGAUAUACAAAAUACAUGUCAAAAUGUUUUAUCAAUACCAGAUUAUGAUGAACAAGAUAAUCAAAAAGGAAAUGAACAGGAAGAAAUAAAUUGUCAAAAGGAUAGAAAUUAUUAUUUAUAUAAUGAAGAAUAUAACCAAGAAACAUAUCACAAUAAUCAUCAUCAUAUAAAUGGUCAUAUGGAUAAUUUUGUUAAACCUCAUACAAAAAAUAACAUUAAUAAUGAUAUUAAUUAUGACACUAGUUAUCAUAUGAAUAAUCAUAAUAACAAUUUUAAUAUAUUUCGAAACAUAAAAAUAUUUAUGUCCUCAUUCACCUUUGUUUUCUUCUUUUUUAUAUUUAUAUAUGCCUUUCUAUUGUCAAUCAUACACAUAUUUAUAAAUUACUUCUUUUAUAUAUAUCUAUAUGUUUUCAAUAUAAAUAUUUAUGUCUCCAAUGUAUAUACAAUUAUUAUGACAGGUGUAUCAUUAAUAGCUAUACCAUUCUCAGGAUAUAUUAUUGAUAGCAUUGGUGCUUUCCUUUCUCUUCUUUUAUGUUCUUCUCUCUUUAUCUUAAUAGCCAUUUCUGGUUCCAUAUAUUGCUAUAAGUUUAAUUUAAAUUCUGAAGUUUUGGCUUUUUUGUUCUUCAAUCUUAUAGGCAUAAGUCAAUCCAUUAUUCCUACUGUCAUCAUUUCGCAGAUACCUACCCACUUAUGUGUGAAGAAUAACGAACAUAUAACAUCAGCCUUUGCAAUAUUUGAAGUUGUUUCGAUGAUAAUUAUAAGUUUAAAUAAUUAUAUCUUUGGUAGUUUUAUGAUCAAAGAAGAAUACUUAAUGGGUCUUUAUCUGUUAUUUUUUUUUACCCUAUUAGUUAUAGCCCUGAUUUCAUUGUUAAUAAUUUCUAUUUAUAUUAAAAAGAAAAGAUAUAUACAUAUGUAUAAGAAUUCGAAUGACUAUAAUUUGGCUCAACCAUUGCUUUAG